UAACUUGUUUACUGUAAAACGAAAAACAAUACAAUUUAACUAUAUAAUUAAUACCUACGAGUUGAAAAAAGAAAACAAAUAAAAAAAUAAUGGAUGAAACCGAUUUAUCGCUGUUCAAAAGUAAUAAGAAAAAAGAUAAACAUGACAAAGCCGAUGCCACAUGCAACGCCAACAACAGCAGCAGCCCUAACAAAGAACAAAUUGAGAAAAAAGUCAUCAUAUCAAGACCCACUGACGAUGAUAUAUACAAUUGCGAUAAUCCUCAGGCGGGAAUUGCUUUGAUUUUCAAUCACAAAGAUGUCAAGGGUCAAAAACAAAGAGUGGGCACUGAACAGGAUCGUGAUACUAUGCAACGAACACUUUUGAAUUACGGCUAUGAUGUGAGAGUUUUCAAUGAUUUGACAUUUGCCGAAUUGAGUGAUGUUAUAAAGAAAACUGCCCAGGAAGAUCAUAGCAACAAUGAUUGUCUGAUAGUGACCGUAAUGUCCCAUGGCAUGGAGGGUAAAGUAUAUGCCCGCGAUAUGCCCUAUCCGGUGGAACGUUUGUGGAAUCCAUUUUUGGGUGAAAAUUGUAAAUCGUUGAUAAAUAAACCGAAAUUGUUCUUUAUACAGGCCUGUCGUGGUGAAAACCUAGAAAAGGCAGUCACAUACGAUGCUUUUGCGCCCAUGUCUCGUACACUCAAUGUAAACGCAGAGCCAGAGAAGCCACCCACAAUCACGUAUGCGAUACCAAAUACAGCCGACAUGUUGGUGAUGUAUUCCACAUUUGAAAAAUAUUACUCUUUCCGUAAUGUUGAAAAUGGUUCGUGGUUUAUACAGAGCUUGUGUACGGUGCUAAAUGAAGCCGCCACCGGUGCGGCCAUUACCAAAGAGGGUGCCGAGUUGUUACGCCUGCUAACUGCCGUUAAUCGUAAAGUGGCCUACGAGUACCAGUCGAAUGCUAAAUAUGAAGCCCUUAAUCAAAUGAAAGAAAUGCCAAAUUUCCUAUCGACCCUGACGAAAACAUUUUAUCUGCGAGUUAAACCUAACAACAGAUAAAUUUUCUACAAAUGAAUCACCAUUUUUUCCACAUAAUUAGACAAAAAUAAAUAAAAUAAAACAACAAAACGAAUCAAAAUUUUAAACAAAUCAAAAUUAUACAAGUAUAAACAAAUAAAUUAAUACCCAUUUGGAUGGAUGGCGUGUGUGUGUGAAAGUGUA